GCUCCGCUCCCCGCGCCGCCCCGCCCUCCGCCGCAGCCCGCGCCGGGGGUGGGGGCCGCCGAGCGCCAGCCCCCCGGCCGGCCGAUUCCCUCCCCGCGCCCCCUCCCCGCGCGUCCCUCCCCGCCCUCGCCGCGCCGCCGUCCUCGCCUCCCUCUGCCUCUCCUUCCCCCAUUCUCCCGGAUUAAUUAAGGAGGCAGCGGCAGGAGGCUGAGUCCUGGCCGCGGGCCGGGGCCGGGGCGCCGCUGGCAGGAGCGCUUGGGGAUCCUCCAAGGCGACCAUGGCCUUGCUGGGUAAGCGCUGUGACGUCCCCACCAACGGCUGCGGACCCGACCGCUGGAACUCCGCGUUCACCCGCAAAGACGAGAUCAUCACCAGCCUCGUGUCUGCCUUAGACUCCAUGUGCUCAGCGCUGUCCAAACUGAACGCCGAGGUGGCCUGUGUCGCCGUGCAUGAUGAGAGCGCCUUUGUGGUGGGCACAGAGAAGGGGAGAAUGUUCCUGAAUGCCCGGAAGGAGCUACAGUCAGACUUCCUCAGGUUCUGCCGAGGGCCCCCGUGGAAGGAUCCGGAGGCAGAGCACCCCAAGAAGGUGCAGCGGGGCGAGGGCGGAGGCCGUAGCCUCCCUCGGUCCUCCCUGGAACAUGGCUCAGAUGUGUACCUUCUGCGGAAGAUGGUAGAGGAGGUGUUUGAUGUUCUUUAUAGCGAGGCCCUGGGAAGGGCCAGUGUGGUGCCACUGCCCUACGAGAGGCUGCUCAGGGAGCCAGGGCUGCUGGCCGUGCAGGGGCUGCCCGAGGGCCUGGCCUUCCGAAGGCCAGCCGAGUAUGACCCCAAGGCCCUCAUGGCCAUCCUGGAACACAGCCACCGCAUCCGCUUCAAGCUCAAGAGGCCACUUGAGGAUGGCGGGCGGGACUCGAAGGCCCUGGUGGAGCUGAAUGGUGUCUCCCUGAUACCCAAGGGGUCACGGGACUGUGGCCUGCAUGGCCAGGCCCCCAAGGUGCCACCCCAGGACCUGCCCCCAACCGCCACCUCCUCCUCCAUGGCCAGCUUCCUGUACAGCACGGCGCUCCCCAACCACGCCAUCCGAGAGCUCAAGCAGGAAGCACCUUCCUGCCCCCUUGCCCCCAGCGACCUGGGCCUGAGUCGGCCCAUGCCAGAGCCCAAGGCCACCGGUGCCCAAGACUUCUCCGACUGUUGUGGACAGAAGCCCACUGGGCCUGGUGGGCCUCUCAUCCAGAACGUCCAUGCCUCCAAGCGCAUUCUCUUCUCCAUCGUCCAUGACAAGUCAGAGAAGUGGGACGCCUUCAUAAAGGAAACCGAGGACAUCAACACGCUCCGGGAGUGUGUGCAGAUCCUGUUUAACAGCAGAUAUGCGGAAGCCCUGGGCCUGGACCACAUGGUCCCCGUGCCCUACCGGAAGAUUGCCUGUGACCCGGAGGCUGUGGAGAUCGUGGGCAUCCCGGACAAGAUCCCCUUCAAGCGCCCCUGCACUUACGGAGUCCCCAAGCUGAAGCGGAUCCUGGAGGAGCGCCAUAGUAUCCACUUCAUCAUUAAGAGGAUGUUUGAUGAGCGAAUUUUCACAGGGAACAAGUUUACCAAAGACACCACGAAGCUGGAGCCAGCCAGCCCGCCAGAGGACACCUCUGCAGAGGUCUCUAGGGCCACCGUCCUUGACCUUGCUGGGAAUGCUCGGUCAGACAAGGGCAGCAUGUCUGAAGACUGCGGGCCAGGAACCUCCGGGGAGCUGGGCGGGCUGAGGCCGAUCAAAAUUGAGCCAGAGGAUCUGGACAUCAUUCAGGUCACCGUCCCAGACCCCUCGCCAACCUCUGAGGAAAUGACAGACUCGAUGCCUGGGCACCUGCCAUCGGAGGAUUCUGGUUAUGGGAUGGAGAUGCUGACAGACAAAGGUCUGAGUGAGGACGCGCGGCCCGAGGAGAGGCCUGUGGAGGACAGCCACGGUGACGUGAUCCGGCCCCUGCGGAAGCAGGUGGAGCUGCUCUUCAACACACGAUACGCCAAGGCCAUUGGCAUCUCGGAGCCCGUCAAGGUGCCGUACUCCAAGUUUCUGAUGCACCCGGAGGAGCUGUUUGUGGUGGGACUGCCUGAAGGCAUCUCCCUCCGCAGGCCCAACUGCUUCGGGAUCGCCAAGCUCCGGAAGAUUCUGGAGGCCAGCAACAGCAUCCAGUUUGUCAUCAAGAGGCCCGAGCUGCUCACUGAGGGAGUCAAAGAGCCCAUCGUGGAUAGUCAAGGAACUGCCUCCUCACUUGGCUUCUCUCCCCCUGCCCUGCCCCCAGAGAGGGAUUCCGGGGACCCUCUGGUGGACGAGAGCCUGAAGAGACAGGGCUUUCAAGAAAAUUAUGACGCGAGGCUCUCACGGAUCGACAUCGCCAACACACUAAGGGAGCAGGUCCAGGACCUUUUCAAUAAGAAAUACGGGGAAGCCUUGGGCAUCAAGUACCCGGUCCAGGUCCCCUACAAGCGGAUCAAGAGUAACCCCGGCUCCGUGAUCAUCGAGGGGCUGCCCCCAGGAAUCCCGUUCCGAAAGCCCUGUACCUUCGGCUCCCAGAACCUGGAGAGGAUUCUUGCUGUGGCUGACAAGAUCAAGUUCACAGUCACCAGGCCUUUCCAAGGACUCAUCCCAAAGCCUGAUGAAGAUGACGCCAACAGACUCGGGGAGAAGGUGAUCCUGCGGGAGCAGGUGAAGGAACUCUUCAACGAGAAAUACGGUGAGGCCCUGGGCCUGAACCGGCCGGUGCUGGUCCCUUAUAAACUAAUCCGGGACAGCCCAGACGCCGUGGAGGUCACGGGUCUGCCUGAUGACAUCCCCUUCCGGAACCCCAACACGUACGACAUCCACCGGCUGGAGAAGAUCCUGAAGGCCCGAGAGCAUGUCCGCAUGGUCAUCAUUAACCAGCUCCAACCCUUUGCAGAAAUCUGCAAUGAUGCCAAGGUGCCAGCCAAAGACAGCAGCAUUCCCAAGCGCAAGAGAAAGCGGGUCUCGGAAGGAAAUUCCGUCUCCUCUUCCUCCUCGUCUUCCUCUUCCUCGUCCUCUAACCCGGAUUCAGUGGCAUCGGCCAACCAGAUCUCACUCGUGCAAUGGCCAAUGUACAUGGUGGACUAUGCCGGCCUGAACGUGCAGCUCCCGGGACCUCUUAAUUACUAGACCUCAGUACUGAAUCAGGACCUCACUCAGAAAGACUAAAGGAAAUGUAAUUUAUGUACAAAAUGUAUAUUCGGAUAUGUAUCGAUGCCUUUUAGUUUUUCCAAUGAUUUUUACACUAUAUUCCUGCCACCAAGGCCUUUUUAAAUAAGUAAAAAAAGAAAAAAAAAAAAAAAA